AUGCCCGACAAGUGCCAGAAGAAGCUUCGGACCUAUCUGUUCGGAUAUCCGAUCCGCCACUCCCUUGCUCCUCUGCUCCACACCGUCAUCUUCGAGAGCCUCAACGUUCCCUGGACUUAUGACCUCGUCGAAUCAACAGAGAAAAACGAUUUCCUCCCGAUGCUCCAUGCCGAUGACUGUGCCGGAGCAUCGGUCACCAUGCCGCAUAAGGUGGCUUGGCUCACCGAAUGUGACCAAGUGACGGAGGAGGCGCGGGCUAUCGGGGCCAUCAACACCGUGUACAUACGGCAAGACCCUGUGUCAGGCCAGACGCACUACAUCGGCACCAAUACUGACUGUAUUGGUGUUCAAGAGGCGUUUGUGCAAAAUUACCCGCACAUCCUGGCCGAGAGCACGGGGCGACCUGCGCUGGUCGUCGGCGGCGGAGGCGCGUGUCGGAGCGCCAUCUAUGCUGCUUACAAGUCACUUGGAGCCUCAGAGAUCUACCUCGUCAACAGAGAUGCCAAGGAGAUUGAGGGAAUCAGAGACUGGUAUGCCGCCACCAACGAUCCGCCGACCUUGGUGCACGUCUCUACCGUGGACAUGGCUCGCCAGCUGGAACCUCCCGUUGUGGUGGUAGGAACAGUGCCGGACUUCCAGCCCUCGACGACCGGCGAGAUCCUUGCGAGGGACAUCACUAUGGAGUUUUUGAAAAAGGACAGGAAAGGGUAUGUGCUGGAGAUGUGCUACCACCCGACUAUCUCGACACGGUUCUACGAUCUAGCUCAGAGCAGCGGAUGGAAGGUGCUGCCUGGAACCGAGGCCAUGAUAUAUCAGGGCUUGGCGCAGGAAGUGCUGUGGAUGGAGCGGCCUAUGGAGGAUAUGCCUGUAGAAGCUGCGAAGGCUGCCAUUGCACAGGCCCUGGCGGAGAGGCAGAAAGACUUGCAUAUAACUUAA